UGUGUUUGUCCGUGUCCUUCUUCCUUUACUCCCUGCCAGACCAGUGAGGUGUAUCGACAUUCACUCCAGGUGUGUGACGUUAAAGCAAAAUGGUUCAGAAGUCUGUGGUAGUGGGUCUGCUGGUUCUACUGGUGGCGGCAGUGGGCACAUUCGUGGGAGUCUUCUUUGGCGUGAGUAGGAGAAGUCCCCCCCAGGAGGGCUACUUCACCAGGGCUGCAGUGGCAGCAGAUGCAGGACCAUGUUCGGAAAUUGGAAGGGACAUGUUGAAGAAGGGAGGGUCAGCGGUGGACGCGGCGAUUGCUGGUCUUCUCUGUGUUGGUCUCAUGAACGCUCACAGCACGGGCAUCGGUGGCGGAUUCUUCUUCACCAUCUACGAUGCCAGGACAGGUAAAGUGGAAAUCAUUGAUGCCAGAGAAACGGCCCCUGCCAAUGCGACCGAGGAUAUGUUUGGGAACAGCACAGACCUCGCGCGGAAAGGUGCGCUGUCCGUCGCUGUCCCCGGGGAGAUCAGGGGCUACGAGAUGGCCCACAAACGGCACGGCAAACUACCGUGGAAAGAGCUCUUCCAGCCGAGCAUUCGUCUGGCCAGAGACGGCUUUCCCAUCGGACAGGCCCUGGCCAGAGCCAUUUCCAGUAACAGAGUAACCAUAACCAGCAACGAAACUUUAUGUUCUGUGUUCUGUGACUCCAAUGGUCAAAUCUUGAAGGAAAACGACACCAUCUUCUUCACCAAACUGGCCGACACUUACGAGGCAAUCGCAGAAAAUGGGCCCGAGAUUUUCUACACCGGACGAAUAGCAGAAAACCUCGUGAAGGACAUCAGAGAUCUAGGCGGCAUCAUAACUAUGGAGGAUUUGAGGGACUACAGCGUUCUGGUGGACGAACACCCACUUACUGCCAACAUAGGAGAGUACACGAUGUUUGUUCCCAAUGCGCCAGCCAGUGGUCCAGUUCUCUCGCUCAUACUCAACACUCUGUCUGGAUACAACUUCACAUCUGACAGCGUUUCUACUCUAGACAAAAGGAUCCUGACCUACCACCGCAUAAUCGAGGCCUUCCGCUUCGCCUAUGCUAAGAGGACUGUUUUGGGAGACCCCAGGUUUCUCAACAUCUCCAAUUUCAUCCAGAACAUUACCUCAAUCCAGUACGCCAACAUGAUCCGGCAGAAGAUCACAGACGACACCACCCAGCCGGAGAGCUACUAUGAGCCUCAGUUCUAUCUCCCCGACGACCACGGAACAUCACACCUCUCCGUCGUCGCGGAGGAUGGCAGCGCGGUAGCCGCCACGGCAACAAUUAACCUCUAUUUUGGCUCCAAGGUCAUGUCCCCCUCGACGGGCAUUCUCCUAAACAACGAGAUGGAUGACUUCAGUUCGCCUUUUAUCACCAAUGCCUUUGGGGUGCCUCCCUCUCCCAACAACUUCAUAAGGCCAGGCAAAAGACCAAUGUCCUCCAUGUGUCCUGCCAUUCUUGUGGACAAGGACAAUAAAGUUAAAAUGGUGGCUGGUGGGUCCGGAGGCACAAAAAUUACCACAUCUACAGCGCUGGUCAUUUUAAAAGCUCUGUUCUUUGACUAUGACCUUGAGAGAGCCGUGGGGGAGCCCAGGAUCCACAACCAACUCAGUCCCAAUAUAACCGUGGCAGAGCCCGGCUUUGAUCAGGCACUGUUAGAAGGCUUGGCGAAGAAGAACCAUGAGACCGAAAUGCUGACGUCUGUCGGGGCGGUGGUGCAGGCUGUGAUGCGUGAGGGGGAGAGGCUCCACGCUGUAUCUGAUCACCGGAAAGGGGGCUACGCUGCUGGGUACUGAUCCAGCUGUGACGUGCUGGAGCCCGGUUUUAUGCCAACCAUGACUGAGCGGGCUCUCCGUUUCUCUGGCCUCAGUGCCAGACUAGAACAUCAGGACACUUCUGUAGUAUCUCUGACAACUCCACCAGUGACUUAAUGGCCUUUAGUGGAUCCUAAAGCAGUGAACACAUCCACACCCAACUGGACUGACAUCUGGCAAUUACUGUAUCACAUACAAUUCAAGCAAUAUUGUUUUUUCUCUUUCAAUUGAAAGUAUCCAAGUGUUUGUAAUAUAUCACCCCUUUUUGGCUGUUUAUUGAAACUGGAACGAGGCAGGUCAACCAUUGUUUAAGGUUGCAUUUUGUAUUUUCUUGGGAUAUUUUAGAAAAUAAUGUAUACCUAUUGUGGUUA